AGACAGGCGGCCUGCCCAUUUCAAGCGGCCUGCCUGGCCUGUGUGAGAUUUUGGCCUGGCCUGCCUGGCCUGUACCAGGCUUGAAAAUCAUGGCCUGAGCCUGCCUGCCACAGGCAGGCCCAGGCAGGCAGGCAGGCCCCAUGGCCUGUUUUAGGCUCUGCUUGCCAAUGAACUCUUGCGCAUUGUCAAUAGAGAUCAAGUUCAAACAUCAAAUGAUCCUCAACACUACAAAGAAACAGAGGACAUAAUUGACAAAUAUAUCAAUCUAAUGAAAGAUCAUCCUAAUCAGAGAACUAAGACUUCUAUGAUGUUUUUAAAUCAUGGAGACAACAAUAUACAAGACAAUCGAGUUGUGUUAAGUACGGGUGCAAACGGCUCGCUUGGCAGUCACAUAUUGUUGCAAUUGAUACAUCGACUUACAAUUAGUCGAAUUUAUUGUCUAGUGCGUGGUGAUAAUGCUACAGAUCGACUUCGCCGUGCUAUGGAAGCCCGAGCUCAAGAUUCAACAGUGCUACUUGACACGACGCGUAUUAUCAUUCUGCCAAUGAACCUUAAUGAUGACAGACUAGGUCAAACAGAAAACAUGUACGAUCGGUUGCGGGACGAAGUCACGGAUAUUAUUCACGCAGCUUGGAAAAUGGAUUUCAAUAUGACUAUCAAGGACUUCGAUCGAGAAUGCUUGCAAGGUCUCUAUCAAUUGCUUAGAUUAGCAUCAAGUGCGUCGAUACAAUUUCCAAUGCGUUUUCACUUUAUUUCAAGUAUAAGCUCUGCCGGCUGUGGAUUGCUCAGUGAAAUUCAAGAAGAACCAUUGCCGCGCCGAGUGGAAAUUGCUCUUGCUCAAGGCUAUGGUCAAUCAAAAUAUGCUGAAGAACACAUGUGUUGGGCAGCUAUGGACCUUUGUUGUGAGUGA